CCGUGUCUCCCUCAGCUCUGGCGUCGCUGGUCUCUCGGUAACGAGCCGCGGUUAAAGAUGGCGGCUUGAGGGUCGAGAAUCUGAACGGCUGCGGCUCCAUAUCCCGCUCCGGUCUGACCUGCAAGGCCUCGCCUGCCGUUAUUACACAUAGCCGGCGCUGCAACAUCCCUCAAGCAACCCCUCACCUCCUCCUCCCCCGGUUGCUGUAUGUCUGCAGCUGAAAGGGGGCGUUUUACUGAUCAUUUCCUCACCUGUCUGUGCAGCACCGUGAAAUACCUGACCUACUUCAGGUCCAGGAAGAAAUCCCUGCAUUACUACAAGAUCAAGGACCCCAACCUGGAGGAGAUGGACGAGCAAAGCGUGGAGAGUAUAGCAGAGGUCUUCAGAUGUUUCAUUUGCAUGGAGAAGUUGCGAGAUGCUCGUCUCUGCCCACAUUGUUCCAAACUCUGCUGUUUCAGUUGUAUUAGAAGGUGGCUAACCGAACAGAGGGCUCAGUGCCCUCAUUGCCGAGCGCCUCUGCAGCUACGGGAACUGGUUAACUGUCGGUGGGCAGAAGAAGUUACUCAACAGCUGGACACACUGCAGUUGUGCAGUCUCAACAAACAUGAGGAAAACGAGAAGGACAAGUGUGAAAAUCAUCAUGAAAAGCUCAGUGUUUUUUGUUGGACCUGUAAGAUUUGCAUUUGCCAUCAAUGUGCACUUUGGGGUGGAAUGCAUGGUGGUCAUACCUUCAAACCUCUGGCUGAAAUUUAUGAGCAACAUGUUACAAAAGUAAAUGAAGAGGUGGCAAAACUCCGACGCAGGCUUAUGGAAUUGAUCAGUCUUGUGCAAGAAGUGGAACGGAAUGUCGAAGCUGUACGUGGUGCAAAGGAUGAACGUGUACGGGAGAUUCGCAAUGCUGUUGAAAUGAUGAUUGCAAGACUUGACACACAACUCAAAAACAAGCUUAUAACGCUCAUGGGCCAGAAGACCUCUCUCACGCAAGAAACUGAGCUGCUAGAAUCACUCCUGCAAGAAGUGGAGCAUCAGCUCCGAUCUUGCACGAAGAGUGAACUCAUCUCCAAGAGUCCUGAGAUUUUAAUGAUGUUUCAGCAAGUUCACAGGAAACCAAUGGCUUCCUUUGUCACUACCCCUGUUCCACCAGAUUUCACUAGUGAAUUAGUCCCAUCUUAUGAUUCAACUGCAUUUGUUCUUGAAAAUUUCAGUACUUUACGGCAGCGUGCAGACCCUGUGUACAGUCCACCUCUUCAAGUAUCUGGCCUUUGCUGGAGACUUAAAGUUUAUCCAGAUGGUAACGGAGUUGUGAGAGGCUACUACUUGUCUGUUUUUCUCGAACUAUCUGCUGGACUCCCAGAAACUUCCAAAUAUGAAUAUCGUGUUGAGAUGGUCCAUCAGUCCACCAAUGACCCAGCAAAAAACAUAAUUCGAGAGUUUGCAUCUGAUUUUGAAGUUGGCGAGUGCUGGGGUUAUAACCGCUUCUUUCGACUGGACUUGCUCGCCAAUGAAGGAUAUUUGAAUAGGUCAAAUGAUACUGUAAUUUUAAGAUUCCAGGUUCGUUCUCCAACAUUUUUCCAAAAAUGUAGAGACCAGCACUGGUACAUCUCUCAACUAGAAGCUGCUCAAACAAGUUACCUUCAGCAAAUAAACAACUUGAAAGAAAGACUUGCUAUUGAACUGUCACGGAACCAGAAAUCACGGGGAGUGUCACCACCAGACACACAUCGGAGUCCUCAAAAUGAUGACAGUCCAGAAUCCAGACCUAAGAAAUCAGACAUUAAUUUGGAGAACAUAUCUUUGCCCACUCCCAGGGAGGCUGAUGAAGAUGAGGACAAGAUUCUCCAUGAUGUAUUCACUCAGGAUCUCUCUGAUGGAGACCUGGAUGUGGAUCUUGUUGGAGAUGAAGAUGGAAACCAUAUAGAAGGUAGCAGUUCCUCAGCCAGUUCAACUGCUACUAGCAACACUGAAGAGAAUGACAUUGAUGAGGAAACAAUGUCAGGUGAAAAUGAUGUUGAAUAUGGGAGCAACAUGGAUUUAGAAGAAGGAGAAUUGAUGGAGGAUGCUGCUGCCACUACUGGAGCCUCAGCAAGUGGCCAUGGUUAUGGCAGUGGAAGAAGCUCAAGACGCACAGGAAGUAACACAAACAACUCCAGCAACAGUUUGUUGGGACUAGAUCCUCUAAUACUCAUUCACUUACUGGAUCUUAAGGACAAAAACAGUGUAGAAAAUCUCUGGAGCCUUCAGCCAAGGCCACCUGCUUCAAUCUUACAGGCUUCAGCAUCAUGCUCUCGAAAGGAGAGGGACUCUCGGAGGCAGCAGACAUCUUGGCGUGUUUCCCCAGACUUGAAAAUGCUAAAGCGAUAUAAGUCUCAGGUGUUAGAGGUGCGCAGCAAGCUAUCUGCUGUAAAGAGUCAACUAUGUGAGGUUAGAAGUGGCAGUGCCGUGAUCGUUGAAAACCAGAGCAGUAACUCAGGAGAAUCUGACUCCAUGGUUGCAGGCAAUGCAGAGGGAUGCAGUAAAUUACAAGAAUUGGGCAUGGAGCUACUCCGGAAAUCUUCUCUUGCAAGCUGCUAUGUAAGAACCUCUACUGCUAAGAAAACAAAUUCCCCUAAGCAUUCUCGAUCUGGUGAAAGGGCAGGAAGUCUCUCUCUUCGACGGGCAGUGGAUUGUGGUGAUGGUAGCCACUGUGUAAAGGGAGAAUGUCCAGCUUCAUCAGAAGGAUGCAGCAGUGGCUCAAAGAAUAGCAGCAGACAUGGAUCUCCACGAUCUCUGACUACUGGAAGUCCAGAAAUACCUUCUAGCUCUAAAACAGAUGAUAGACAGGCAGACCUGCUCAGCUCUAAAAUACAAGCAAUGUGUAUGGACAAAAACCGGAAAGUGGACAAUAUAGGGUCAAAUUCAAAAGCAUGGAAUGGAAAUGAUAUGACACAGAUGGGAAGCUUGGAUAGUGCUCUUGAAGCAGGAGAAAUUAACCCGAUUUUAACCGAAGGAGCCUCACACUAUCCUGAUGAAGUUGCAGUGUGCUCAAAACACAUUCUUCAUAUUUUGCCUGGGAUGAGCAGUGACAGUGACAUUGAGUGUGACACUGAAAAUGAAGAGCAGGAUGAAAGCAUAUCCUGUGGUGGCUUUAAUGACACUUACACGGCACAGCCUUCAGGCGAAGAUCAAAGUUGUACUUUCCAAGACGACAGCAAUAUUAGCUCUGAAGAUCUCUGUUUUGGUGCUACAGAGGACACUGGAAGGUGACUUGGCAGAACAUGAAAAUCAGUCUCCUUGGGCAUUCUGAAGACUCAAAGGAUUUGUAAACACUAGAUUACUUAAUGAUGUGUCCUGUUAUGGAUGCAUAUUCACUGUAACUUAUUUAUUUCAUCUGCAUGCCUAAAGCAGAUAUAAUUACUGUAUUUAUAGAAGAGCAAUGUGAUUAUUUUUGUCGUGACAGCACUGUAGUGAAUAUUAUGCUAAAACCCAUAAAGAGAAAUAAAACCGGUGCAUUUUACUGUACGUAUCGAGGUUAGACAGGUGCUAGUUGAGUGGAAAUUACCAGCAAUAAAUAUACACAAAAUAUGGACUGGGAAUAUACCCAUCAGGAUGUAAAGCUGUUGUAUAAGCAUAUGAUUAAACAUAAGCUCCUAUCCUGUACUUUUCAAACCUUUCCUCAGUCUGGAUUUUACUUUUGAGCUAGUCAACAUGUUGCAGUAUAUGCAAAUGAGGUGCCUUCACAUGGGUGCAAAUAAUACGCCAUAGAACGCUCUGCGAACUAAGCCUGCAGAAUAGUAUUUUUCUGCACAGCGAGAAGGGAUUAUAAUAAGUCAGAGCUAAGCUUUCAAUAUCUCAGGCUAGUGUGCUUUCUGUGUACACUGUCAAACCAUAGGAGGAAAUGACUACAGAACAGGCAAGGAAAUGGUGAUCUAGUUGCUUGAAUAUCACAUAGUGGUGUUUGAAUUUAAACCAUAUUCCAUACCUUAUUUCCGUAUGCAUUAAAUGUAAGUGUUUUACUAAUGACCAAAUAUGCCCAAAAAUCUAGGGAGAAUUCGUAUAGAAAAUUCCCCAUUUGAGUCGCUAAGGACUAUAAUAACAAAGUUUCUUACGGUUUGUCAACCUGCUUCUUCAUAUCUCCUGUAAAAUCUAAAUAUGACCAUAGUCCUUGCAUGUUGCUGGUCUGUGAUGGUGAACGCCAACCUCUUUCAGUUAUGUUUACCAUGAUGCUAAGAUAUGUUCUUUUAGAUGAUUAAGCAGAAGUUAGUGGCCAUUUGGCUGCAUGAACAUCGUGUAAAACUUGGUCAGAGAUUGGCCAUCACUGUUUUAAGAUAAGAGCAAGUCUGUUUGCAUGGCAACCUAGAACUUAAGAAGUCUAUAUUAUGUAUGGUUUAUCCAUACUGUGUGUAAUGAACCAUCUUAUUCCUACUAGUCUAUAUGCAAUGUUACCAAACGUACCAAGUUAUCAUAAUACACCCAUUAAUAAUAACACAAUGCAUUGGAUUAUUAUCUAUGGUCAGAUGUAUGCAAUUUGUCAAUUUAUUUAUUUUACAUUACCUGUACGUAACAAAGUUGAUGGUGGUUUUAGUUAAGAAAAAUACACUAACACAUGUACUUGCUUAAAGUUUAAAAAAAUACAAAAAACAGAACAAAGACAUUUGAAGUUUUGUCGGAUUACCAUUUGUUUAUUACGAAGUUCAGCGUUUUUAAUACUUAUUUUAAUGAAUCAGCCCUGCAAGGAAAUUAAUUAUAUUUUCUCUGUUCCAGUGUUGCAGUGGUCGUGGAUUCUCUCCCUGUAGGACAUGUGUGCAUUGAAUUUGCCAAACCUAUUUCAGCUUCUCUAUGUGUAUUGUGAAUGUUACUUGAAAGAUGCAUUUAGCAUAAAUCAGGAUGUGCUAGAUCUAACCAUUUCAGUUUUGUUGUUCAACUUGCUUUAUUUGUGGAUUCUCCCAUUUUAUAUGUAUUCUUUUAGUUUGUUUUGUACUUUCAUUCUUCGUUUACU